UUUAAGUUAUGUCUAUUAAUUUGACUCUAGAUAUAUGUAUUUACCUCCUUAGUAAUGCAAGAAAUCUUUGUGGGAAGCAUAGAAGCAAGCAGCUGCACCUUGUGUGCUCACCUAGUCAUUAUUGGAAGAUAAGGCACGUCAGUCUACAGGGAGGUUUACAUCCACACAAAGCAAGAUGUAAAUGGACCAAAAGUGAAACACAUGCUUGCAGUAAGCAUUAUUAUUCUCCAAGCAACCAUGGUUUACAUAUUGGAAUCUUGAAACUUAGCACAUCUGCUCCCAAGGGACUUACAAAAGUGAGCAUUCGUAUGUCCCGCAUUAAAAGUACUUUGAACUCUGUUUCAAAGGCUGUUUUUGGUAGUCAGAAUGAAAUGAUUUCACGUUUGGCUCAAUUUAAACCAAGUUUUCGAAUAUUAAGAAAAGUGUCCGAUAGUGGCUGGCUGAAACAGGAAAACAUUAAACAAGCCAUCAGAUCUCUGAAAAAAUACAGUGACAAGUCUACAGAAAAGAGUCCCGUCCCAGAAGAGAGAAAUCACAUUAUAGAUAAAGAAGACGACAUAGGUAAACAAAGCCUUUUUCAUUAUACGGGUAAUAUAACCACAAAAUUUGGAGAGUCGUUUUACUUCUUAUCAAACCAUAUUAAUUCCUACUUCAAACGUGCGGAAAAAAUGUCUCAAGACAAGGAAAACAGUCAUUUCCAGGAGAAAUCAGAACUUGAAGGUAAAAAGGUUGAAUCAGAAGGGAAGUCCAGUUCUCUGGAUCCUGGCAUCCUAAUGAGCCAGGCUGAUAAGCCAGACCUCAAGUCUUCUGCAGGUACCGUGGACAAGGCCGCAAGUCCCAGCGGGACACCUGAGAGUCUUCCCAUUUCUACUAAGCAGAGUAUUGCUAACUUUCUUUCUCGCCCCACUGAAGGUGUACAGGCUUUAGUAGGUGGUUAUAUCGGUGGUCUUGUCCCCAAAUUAAAGUACGAUUCCAAGAGUCAGGCAGAAGAACAGGAGGAGCCUGCUAAGAGCGAGCCAGCUGGCAGCAAAGACAAAACUGUGGAGGAGAAAAAGCACCUGUCUCUUCAAAGAGAAAAGAUUAUUGCAAGAGUGAGUAUUGAUAACAGAACGCGGGCAUUAGUUCAGGCCCUAAGAAGAACAGCUGACCCAAAGCUCUGCAUUACGAGGGUGGAAGAGCUGACUUUUCAUCUUCUGGAGUUUCCUGAAGGAAAAGGCGUGGCUGUCAAGGAACGACUUAUUCCAUGUUUAUUACGGCUGAGACAAAUGAAGGAUGAAACUCUUCAGGCUGCAGUUAGAGAAAUUUUGGCCUUGAUUGGCUAUGUGGAUCCAGUGAAAGGGAGAGGAAUUCGAAUUCUUACAAUUGAUGGCGGAGGAACAAGGGGUGUUGUUGCUCUUCAGACACUCAGAAAAUUAGUUGAACUUACUCAGAAGCCGGUUCAUCAGCUCUUUGAUUACAUUUGUGGUGUCAGCACAGGUGCCAUAUUAGCUUUCAUGUUAGGACUGUUUCAUAUGCCACUGGAUGAAUGUGAAGAACUUUAUCGAAAACUAGGAUCAGAUAUAUUUUCACAAAAUGUCAUCGUUGGAACAGUCAAAAUGAGCUGGAGCCAUGCAUUUUAUGAUAGUCAGACAUGGGAGAAGAUUCUUAAGGAGAGGAUGGGAUCUGCACUAAUGAUUGAAACAGCGAGAAACCCCAUGUGUCCUAAGGUAGCUGCUGUAAGCACCAUAGUAAACCGAGGGCCAACGCCGAAAGCUUUUGUGUUCCGGAACUACGGUCACUUCCCUGGCAGCCAGUCUCAUUACCUGGGAGGCUGUCAGUACAAGAUGUGGCAGGCCAUCAGAGCCUCCUCUGCUGCUCCCGGCUACUUUGCAGAAUACGCCCUGGGAAACGAUCUCCAUCAGGACGGAGGUUUGCUCCUGAAUAACCCUUCAGCACUGGCAAUGCAUGAGUGUAAAUGUCUUUGGCCAGAUGCACCGUUGGAGUGCAUAGUGUCCCUGGGCACGGGCCGGUACGAGAGCGAUGUGAGAAACAGCGCAACGUACACAAGUCUGAAAACCAAACUCUCCAAUGUUAUCAACAGUGCUACAGAUACAGAAGAGGUCCAUAUCAUGCUGGAUGGCCUGUUACCUCCUGACACCUAUUUUAGAUUCAAUCCCGUAAUGUGUGAAAACAUACCUCUGGACGAGAGUCGAAAUGAGAAACUGGAUCAGCUGCAGCUGGAAGGCUCGAAGUACAUAGAAAGAAAUGAACACAAGAUGAAGAAAGUUGCAAAAAUACUGAGUCAAGAAAAAACAACCCUGCAGAAAAUUAAUGAUUGGAUAAAAUUAAAAACUGACAUGUAUGAAGGCCUUCCAUUCUUUUCAAAAUUGUGAUGAGCAUAUGUGUAUCUUUUCUAAUGAGGGCCUGCGCACAGAAGAUCCACCCGGUUCAGUAGGAAUUGUGGGCCUCAACAUGAGUCAACUUUGAAAUAGUGACGAAUUCUGGGGAAUCCUGAAAAAGAUGGUGCUUCAACCAGCUCUCAUAGCACAGAGGAAAAGCUCGGUCACAGAAUGUCUAUAGAAAUUAGAUUUUUAAGAUGUUAAUAAUUAAGCUUUAGGAAUUGUACUGUUGUCCUAGUUGGUUUUAGUAGAUACUGAUGUUAAAGUGUUUGAUGUUUGAAAAUUAAUAUAUGUGCCAAAUAAGAAACUGAAAACUAUCAUAUUAUACUUUGUGUUUUUGCUUAACUCAUCAUAAUCAUGUUGAAUUAUGUGAUCAUUGGCUUUCUUUCAUGUGGAAAGCUAAUUUCUUAAAUUACUUAUGUUUUCACUAGUUACACUGUGCAAUCCACAUGCAAACUUCAGCUGUAAUACCAUCUAAGUAGAUUCAGAAAGUAGAAUUUUCUCUAUUAAAGUACUUUUACAUUUGAAAUAUGAAGUAAACAGGUACAGUUUUCUAUUCAGAAAUUGCUUAUUUCAACGCUGUUUGAUGAAAAAGAAUGGCCACAUUACAGCCAACCACUUUUUCCCCCAGAAAUGUCAAGAGUACAGUGUGUGAACUUUCUUGGUCUAGCGCUGGCUUAUCAUCUGCUGUUCCCAAAUUCAUUGUUUGAAUUUACUGAGAAAAUAUUCCUAUAAUUAACAGAAAUAAAAU